AUGGCGAAACAAUCGCCACUUAAAUCCCUCUCUCUCCUCUUCUUCCUCUUCUUCACUCUACUCACCUCCAUAUCCGAAUCUCGCUUAACCACAGAUUUCUACUCAAAAUCAUGCCCUAGAUUCCACGACAUAAUCCGCGACACAAUCACAAACAAACAAAUCACAACACCAACCACCGCAGCCGCCUUACUCCGUCUCUUUUUCCACGACUGUUUCCCCAACGGCUGCGACGCCUCCGUACUAAUCUCCUCCACCCCCUUCAACAAAGCAGAACGCGACGCCUCAAUCAACCUCUCUCUCCCAGGAGACGGAUUCGACGUCAUCGUCCGAGCUAAAACAGCACUCGAGCUCGCUUGUCCGAACACAGUCUCUUGUUCCGACAUCAUCUCCGUCGCGACACGUGACCUCUUAGUCACUGUCGGUGCUCCUUACUACUCUGUUUACCUCGGUCGCCGUGACUCGCGAACCUCGAAUUCGUCUCUAAUCUCCGCAGAUGUACUUCCUCUUCCUUCUUCUCCGAUCUCAAAACUCAUUCAACAAUUCGAAGCGAGAAGAUUCUCUGUUCAAGAAAUGGUCGCUCUUAGUGGAGCUCACUCAAUCGGAUUCUCACAUUGUAAAGAGUUUGCGGGUCGGGUCACCCGUCAGGAUUCCGGGUAUAACCCGAGAUUUGCAGAUGCGUUGAAGAAAGCUUGUUCUAAUUACCCGAAAGAUCCGACUCUCUCUGUCUUUAACGAUAUUAUGACUCCGAAUAAAUUCGAUAAUAUGUAUUAUCAGAAUUUACCGAAAGGUCUUGGGUUACUUGAAUCGGAUCAUGGGUUGUAUUCUGACCCGAGAACCCGACCUUUUGUUGAUCUUUAUGCGAAAGAUCAAGAUCGGUUUUUUAAAGAUUUUGCUGGAGCUAUGCAGAAGUUGAGUCUCUACGGUGUUAAGACUGGUCGACGGGGAGAAAUCCGGCGAAGGUGCGAUGCGAUUAACUGA